CAUAACACAAAUGUCACCAAGGAACCAAAAGCAUUCCUGUUACGAUGCGGCACUUUAUUACGUGAAAAACCCGGUACUGAUUUCAAUAUCAGCAAGGUUAUUCUUCACGACAUGUUUAGCCUACCAAAUUAUGACAUAGCCCUGUUGCAAGUUGUUGGCAAAAUCCAGCUAGGCACACCGGCAAUGGACAAAAUAACGUUGCCACCGCAAGACACUGACCUAGCACCUGCCGGCGCGAUGACCACGGUAAUUGGAUGGGGUCUAAAUAGUACACAAAGCCCAUUGUUGCCAGAAAAGUUGCAAACACUAGACAUACCGGUUGUCGAUAGACCGACAUGUAUUAGUGAUUACAAAAAUUAUAACCCACCUGAAUACCGGAUAUCGGAUUAUAUGUUUUGCGCCGGUUAUGACGAGGGUAUAAGGGACUCAUGUAGUGCAGUCCAU